AUGAUAAGAGCACAAAGUAACAGAGUGGGGUUAGGAUCAAAUAGGAAAGUCCAAGAUGCGGAUAUAUUGAAGUCUUUUAUUCGGCAAGACGAGAAUGAUAAAUAUAAGAUCCAUGUAAUGAAUUUAGAAAUGCAGAACGAGUGUUUAGACAUAGGAGAUUUUUGCAUCCCAUUAGCAUUAAAAUGGCGCACUUUAAUUCAUGACUGGUCGCCAGCAUUGCUAAAAUUCUAUCUCAAUGCGUUCCAGAUGACUCUCCCAGAUCAGAGUAAUUUAGUAAGAUGGGGUAAAAGUACCGAAAAAACUUGCUAUAUCUGUGGAAAGGCAGUUGGAACUGCUAAACAUCUGCUGGUGGGAUGUAAGGUACUCCUGGACAGCGGUCAAUACUCGCGUCGUCACGAUAGGGUUUUAGAAGUCAUACGUUUUGUGAGAGAAGGCACUAGGGCUACAAAAUCAAACGUCAAGCCUUACUCCAUCCUUAAAGCGGCGUCGGAUUGGACUAUAAUGAUGGACACGUAUGAAAAACAAUAUAAAAUCCCCGAGGACAUUUGUGCGUCAGCCUCCAGACCGGAUAUAUUUUUGUUUUCGCGAAUUUUAAAGCGCGUAGUGAUGAUAAAGCUUACGGUCCCUUGGGAAACCAACAUCCCCAAAGACCAUACCAUCAAGGUCAACAAAUAUUACGAGCUCACAAACGAAAUCACUCGAAAUAGGUUCGUAGUAGAUUUGUACGCGGUGGAGGUGGGAGCGAGAGUGCUCAUUUAA